AUGAUAAAAGGGAAAGUGUUAGUAGUUUCAAACAGGUUACCAGUUACGAUCAAGCGAUCGCCUAAGGGGACAUAUGAUUAUUCAAUGUCUUCUGGGGGAUUAGUUACGGCAUUGCAAGGGUUAAAGAAAUCAACGGAAUUUCAAUGGUUAGGGUGGCCAGGACUAGAAAUUCCGGAUGAUGAACAAAGUAAGGUUAAUAAGGAUUUAAAGGAUAAAUUCAACUGUACUGCCAUAUUUUUAAGUGAUUCAAUUGCUGAUUUACACUAUAAUGGUUUUUCUAACAGUAUAUUAUGGCCGUUGUUCCAUUACCAUCCUGGUGAAAUGAAUUUUGAUGAAAAUGCAUGGGCCGCAUAUAUCGAAGCGAAUAGGAAGUUUGCUAUCACAAUUGCACAACAAGUUGAUGAUAACGAUAUGAUUUGGGUGCAUGAUUACCAUUUAAUGUUAUUGCCUCAGAUGUUACGAGAAGAAAUAGAAAAUAAGAAAAAAAAUAUAAGAAUAGGAUUCUUUCUUCACACACCAUUCCCAUCCUCGGAGAUUUAUAGAAUUUUACCCGUUAGAGAAGAGAUCUUGGUUGGUGUAUUAAGUUGUGAUUUGAUUGGAUUCCAUACGUACGACUACGCAAGACAUUUCUUAUCUUCAGUAUCGAGAAUUGUUUCAAAUGUUAACAUUUUACCAAAUGGAAUUGAGUAUCAAGGCAGAUCAAUUGGUAUAGGUGCUUUCCCAAUUGGUAUAGAUGUUGAUAAGUUUACCGAGGGGGUAACUAAGCCAAAAGUGGUGGACCGUAUUAAGCAAUUAAAACAAAAGUUUACCGAUACCAAGAUUAUAGUUGGAGUAGAUAGAUUAGAUUACAUCAAAGGUGUUCCCCAAAAGCUACAUGCAUUUGAAAUUUUCCUUACUGAAAAUCCUGAAUGGAUUGGUAAAGUUGUAUUAGUUCAAGUUGCCGUUCCUUCCCGUGGAGACGUUGAAGAGUAUCAAAGUUUGAGAGCAACAGUCAAUGAAUUAGUGGGUAGAAUUAAUGGAAGAUUCGGUACUGUUGAGUUUGUACCGAUUCAUUUCAUGCACAAAUCCAUCCCAUUUGAUGAAUUAAUCAGUUUAUACCAUAUCUCUGAUGUUUGCUUAGUUAGUUCUACAAGAGAUGGUAUGAACCUUGUUUGUUAUGAAUAUAUUGCAUGUCAGCAAGAAAAUAAAGGUGUUCUUAUCUUGUCAGAGUUUGCAGGUGCUGCUCAAUCAUUGAAUGGAGCAAUCGUUGUUAACCCGUGGAAUACAGAAGAAUUAAGCUAUGCUAUAAAAGAGAGCUUGACAUUACCAGAAGAGAAAAAGGAAUUUAAUUUCAAAAAGUUAUUUGAUUAUAUAUCGAAGUAUACGUCUGGAUUUUGGGGAGAAAGUUUUGUUAAGGAAUUACGUAAAUGCUCAAGUCAAGACAAGAUUACCGAAAUUAGAUAG